CUCGUAUUAUUAUUAUAUUUUUCCCCCUCCUAUCAUUAAUUCACUUGGCAUAGAUGGCUAAGAGCUAUCGUCUUAGAUUCCUCCUCCUCUUCACCUACAAUUUUCCUAGUACUCGAUCUUGCUACGUCAAAUCUACCAACUAACGCAAUCCCCCAAGAUUCACGCAACCUCACCUUCUUAAGCUACUUUCACCUUGGCUUGCUUCUUAAACCCAACCCAUUCGCUAUUCAUGAAUGGUCAAUUGCAGGCUGCAUGGAUUCCCCCAAAAAUUCCUCUAGCUCUUUGAAUAUUGGAGAGCGAAUUUGCGCUGCGCUUUUGCCAUUCGCAGCCAUAAUUGAGGUUUUGAUUUUCGCUGUCACCAAUUGCUUCGAGUUACGCCAUCAGAUUAAGAGAACUACUAACCGCUUGAGUGAUAUAGCUCGCCUUGCCAAUGAGUCUCCAUGUAACUUUCUCUUUCUUAACAUUUUUCUUUCUUUCCUUUUUUCUUUUGGUGUUGAAAUGUUCAAUUUUGUGGUGCUGUUAAUGGAUUCGUUUGCAUUUACCGUUAAUGAAGUGGAGGCAUUGUAUGAGCUCUAUAAGAAGUUGAGUUGUUCCAUAAUCGACGAUGGGUUGAUUCAUAAGGAAGAACUUCAAUUAGCACUGUUUCAAACUUCUUGUGGCGAGAAUCUCUUCCUGGACAGGGUUUUUGAUCUUUUUGAUGAAAAGAAAAAUGGUGUGAUUGAGUUUGACGAAUUUGUCCAUGCCCUCAGUGUUUUCCAUCCCUGUGCCCCUUUGGAAGAAAAAAUAGAUUUUGCAUUUAGGCUGUAUGAUUUGAGACAAACUGGAUUUAUUGAGCAAGAAGAAGUUAGGCAAAUGGUGAUUGCCAUUCUGAUGGAAUCUGAUGUUAAUUUGCCGGAAGAACUUCUUGACGAUAUCAUAGAAAAGACAUUUGUUGAAGUGGAUGCUGAUAAGGAUGGUAAAAUCAGUAAAGAUGAAUGGAAAGCUUUUGUGAUAAAACAUCCAUCUGUACUGAAGAAUAUGAGUCUUCCUUAUUUGAAGGACAUAACCACUGCAUUUCCAAGUUUUAUUUUUAACACUGAGGUUGAAGAUUGAAUCCGAAACUUUUCGUAGCAUUUCCCAAACAAGGUGUUUGGAGGAUUCAGUUGCACACAGAACUGCUUUGCGCAAUAAAUCAUGUUGUUUUGCUUGAAACAUGCAUUCAACUGGGAGAGAGGGAAGUCAUUGUCUUUGCAAAGCAAGACCAUAGUGGUGGAAGCAGCAGCAGCAGCAGCAGCAUGACAAAAUCAUUCUGAUCAAUCUCUGCCAAUCAUAGGCUAUGGGAUUUCAUUUUUUAUGGUCUAAUCUAACGCCUGUGCUGUACAGUUUUUUGGAAUGAAACUGUUUAGUUAUUACCCCAAAUUUGGCAUUUAUUAAUGUUAAAUAUGCCCUCCAUUUGUCUUCCCCUCGUACUCAAUGUUUUGUUUAUAGUGGCGUAUGUUUUGUGAUGAUAUUUUAAUCAAAACGCAUCUAAAUUUUUAUUCA